AUGCUUCCGUCCACCAAAAUUGCUGUUAUAUCGCUAUUGGAGCGCCAGGCCUUUAUCUCGGCAGUAGGGCCGCUGUUCGACGCGGCAAGAAUGAAGAGCUUAAAAAUCGCAGUUUCUGGAGGAUCGAUCCUUCCAAUCUUGGCAGAAUUUUUCCAAAGUCUGCCAGGCUCAUCUAACGAAAAGACCCUGUUAUCUGUUGCGAUGGCUGAUGAGCGAAUCGCCAUACCUUUUGAUGAGUGUGCUGGUCAAAUUAAUGGCUUACAAGCAAAAAAGCUGUUCCCCAGCUCAAUUGCAAUCAUCCAAGUUCCCCAGUCGUCGCCUGCCUUGAAAGAUAUCUCCAUAAUUGCGCAAGCUUAUGACCAUCUGGUUUGUGAACAGUUGGGAAAUAAUUCGUUUGAUUUCAUAUUUCUUGGAGUAGGUCCCGAUGGGCAUUGCGCAUCGCUCUUUCCAGAGGCCUCUGAUAUGGGUCAAUUUUCGCCCUGCGCAUUUAUCCCUGUCUUUAAUUCUCCAAAGCCACCGCCCAACCGAAUUUCUUUAUCCAUUUCAGCGAUUGCAAGUGCUGAAUAUGUAAUAUUUAUUGUUCCCCAUUCUACCGAAAAAGAAGCAUUUGUUUGUCAGUUGGAAAAGCUGUUAUCCGAUCCUAUAAGCGGAAUACCAGCUCCAUUUCCGGCCAUUAGAGUCACGCAGCAACGAUCUGCUUUGGGGAAAAAAACACUCUGGAUUUUGGAUUCUAAAUUCUCUAAAUUCAUUCAUUCCUCUUGA